AUGUCACUGGAUAACGGAAGUGUUGCACGUGGUCUUCAGUAUCGCAACCACGAUUUCGCGACAUUUGGACACUGCAAAACUAAAGCUGAUACAACUACCGAUCUGGGUGAAGAGUGUAUUGGUUUACAUAAGAUCAAGAAGCCGACAUCGGCUUCAUCGGUUACGCUGAAGCAAACCUCAACACCAUCACCGAGUUAUCCAUCAGCGAAUUCGUGGCCUGGAUUUGGAGGUCGUCAUACUCAUAGCGGCGAAGAUAUUCAGGUUCCUACUGUAGACUCUAUCAAGUCACCAUGUUCAGCCAAGUGCGAAUUACCUUUCCGACAGCAAAAACUCAUAAGGCGUGUGUAUGUAUUUUCAUCAAAGAUGGCAAAUGACGCAGCAAUUGGCGUGCGUCAAAAAAAAUAUGAGUCGAUUAUUGCUUGGCAUGAAGCAAAUUGCCGGCCAAGCACAUCUAAAUGUGAUUUCAUAGAUGAUUGCCAGACAGUGCCUACAUCGAAGAAAAAACGACGUAGUGUGCAAGACUAUCGAAAUGGAUCACCGAUGAGAUCAUGUGGUACACCUUCCGUAUGCAGUCCAUCAAGUACUAUGCUUCCAACGCCUUCGCAGACAAGCGGAGAGUCAAGCGGUAACCCACCAAGUAAUCCUUCUGAAACACCUUCUUGUGAAUUGCUCAAUCCUGAUGAUCACACUGAUAUUGGCGAUAAUCCAUUAAGAAGAAUGGAACGUAUGACGCAGGAUUCACUGUUUGAGCCUCCUUCAAAAUUGUGCCGUACGUCUGCUGACAACAAUCAGCCUGCAAGGAGGGAACAAGAUCGUAAUGCAAAGCUGGAAAAAAUGCGGACACUUGAACAACAAAUAAUGUAUGAUAAAGCUAAAACAGAGUGGGAUCGGAUGAUGCAUGAACACGAAGCAAUUAAAAUGACCCGGAGCCAUAUGCCUCCUCUGUUACCGCCUUGUUCCUCUCAAUCAUCAGUUCCGGUUCCUUAUCCAUGCACGUUUGCUAAUCAGAAUGGAAUAGUGAUGCAAGGCGCAUGUCGACGAUCCAUAUAUCCACAACCACUACAACCAACAGAGCCGCCGUCCUCAGUCUCCAAUAUUUCCAUAAACACUCCGAUGAUGGUCUCAUUACCGCAAGUUUCUGGGCCAAACAUGCCAAUGUCUCAACCCUUAAGGCCAUCUCUUAAUCCAUCCGCUUGCAACAUGCAGUACUCACAGUGCAGUUUUAUGUGUUGUGCUUAUCCUUCUAGUACCUAUCCUCCCUCACAAGGUUAUUCCCAUAUAAAUGGUGCAGCAUCAUCAUACUUUCCUUCCAGCUUCGCCCCCAACAAUGGAAAUGUAACACCACAACCCAGAGACUAUGGUAUGUACCAACAAGGAAUUCGGGCAGUGUGCUCACCGGAGAAAAUGGAGAAUGAGAUGUGGAAUAGGCAAAUACCGGCAGUGUCUGCUGACUUCAACAAUACUUUUCCGAACCAAAAAGUGCAAUAUCAUCCUAAUGGCGCAGUGGUAGACGAGAAAUUGUUGGAUGCGGUUGCUAGCACGAAUGCAAUGUUUGCUUAA